AAUCGGUCUCGUUAUUUCCCGAAACCUGACUUCACUUAUAGCUCACUUUUGUGCGUUGUAGCGGAAAAAAGAUGACGAAUUCGUAAAUUUCGUACGAUAUCGAUCAAAUACGGUAACCCCGUGCGUCGUGCACUGUCCUCGACACGCAGUUUCAAUUCGCCGGAGUGUUUAGUUCAGUAUUCUCGAGGACAAGGAAGUUUCGUCAUACCGAAAAUAUGUCUGCGCAAACGGAUUCGAGAUGCGACUCGAGACCGGUAACGUCGAAGAGAUCGGAGAAGCCACCAUUUAAACUGUGUUUCUCGAAAAAACAGUACAUCGGUAGAUCUGAUAUCUGCGUAUCGAAGACGAAUGCAGAUUUCGUUACACCGAAAUUCUACUCGAGGGAGCUCGAGGACACGCGGAAUGCGAACGUAAACGACACGCUCGAGAGAAUCGCUGCGGAGCAGAAAAGAAAUCCGAGAGAUUUGUACCAGUCGCCAUUAUUGACUAGCCACACUUACGGUUGGUGGCACGAUCGAGGAAUACGCCCGAAGGAUCCGCGAUUUACUUUUCACAAGAGAACGUCGGACUUGGUAAGCUUCCAGAUGAAAAUCUACGCCGUGGAUCGAAAAAUGAAAGGUCUCAAGCCAUAAGCACGCAACGUAAUUCAAUUAACUGCUUCGUCAUUGCCAAGUACUCGGUGUGGACUUGUAAGCAUUUUGUAUUGCUGAAGUAACAUUGUAAUUCAAUGAUCUGUUUUAGUAUCAUCUAAUAACUCGAUAUAUGUAGUCUGACUAUCACAAUAAUAUAUAUUUUCUUUCUAUUCUUA